GUAAUAUUCACGAUGCUUCUAUUUUUCCUUGCCUAGGGCUGGCCGGCAAUCGCCAACGUCAAGGCGUACAUCUAAGCGACAGUUUCAUCAUUUGAUAUCUGCUUUACUGUUUGUUUAUGGCUGUUUUCUCUUUCUUCUGCCCGUUCUUUGCAGCAUUGCUUUGUUCUUGUCCUAUUAAUAUAUACUCAGGUACGCGGGACGCCUUGGUCUGCCGUUGUUAAUAACGCCCACGGGUAGUGGCAGUUACGCCAGGGCGGCAGGAAAAUUUGACAUGCUCCAAAUAUACACCAAACCCAAGGUGAAUUCGCCUGCCAAAAACCCACCAGCCGGCAGGGCAUAGUUGCGAGCUCAUCGGCAUGGACCCCGAAUUUCACCCAUUCAGUAGUUUUCCAUGAGUGCUUGGUUUUUCUUUUCUUUUUCCCCCCCUGCGGUAUUCCCGUGGUGACAGCGGAGUGGCCGUAUACCCACACCAUCCUUGUAUCCGUCUGUUCGCUUCAUGGGUUUCCACUGAGAACGGGAUUAAUGUAGUUCUAGACGGAACACUUCCUCGACUCCCUUGCAAUCUUCAAAAUUGGCGUGUUCGUUGUACCUUUGCCAUCGCUGACUUCUCUGCUUUACCUUAGCAAGGCACAUGAAAAUAUGUGGGCAAGGUACCUGAGUGGCAAGCAGGCACGGUACAUACAUACCCAAGAUAUCCAAGUCCAGUCCUUCAUGGCCACACCCCUGUUCCCACCAUAUACAGUAAAUAGACAUACUUCUCGACACACACACAGGUACAGUACAUGUUGUUCCUCUGCGCGUCCCGCCUUUCCUCGAGAGCGUAUUCAUGUACUCUACACGUCUCCAGGCCACUUUGGGGAUUCCUUUCCUCAUUAGUCUUGGGUUCCUGGCAUGACCGACCCCAUGUGUUGUCGAACGCGGGGCCGUUGAAGCUAGCAAGCAGUUAUAGCAGACUCAGAUAUUACAGGGGAUCGUGCUUCUGCUUCUCCACAUUCUCCAUAACUCGACCCAAAACACCCCUGUCAUAUCGGAUAUUGUUCCCUUCCAUCCUUUCCAGAUGCCCUCCCUAGCCCCGACAGCCCAGUCAAGCAAUAUCGCAUCUUGAAGUUAUAAACCCUCAACCUCCUUCCACAGUUUCCCUUGAGUCUGGGUUGAUCCCGUCAUCGCCACCCCUCCAACAAAUUAUAUUGCAACACAGACUUACUUGUAUAACUCUGUUGAAUACUUGAUCGACUGCAUGCAGUCCCUCCAGAUCUCACAUUGUUGUAUAUAACACGAACUAUCAACAACCAUACUUCAUACCUCUCAUCCUGAUUCAGUCUCUACUCAAGAGUUCUUUUUGACAUCCUGUCACUUCGCCCCAGAUCCUUUCAUAUAUUGGAUUUGUUGCUUCCCUUGAAAGCCUUUUUUCUUCUCUUCCGGUCAGCAUGGCGCCGGCAACAUCUCCAGCCCCUACCCAGGGCAUGUUCCACACCUUUCAAGGUGUCACACCUCGAAAGCAAACUUCCGAGGCUCCUGGGAGCCCAAAAGCUGCCAACCCCGUCAGCAAUUCCAAGCGCAUCACCACACCUCACGCCUGUGCCGAGUGCAAAAGACGCAAGAUCCGAUGUGAUGGACAGCAGCCUUGCGGCCAAUGCUUAUCAAGCCGUGCCCCUAAGAGGUGUUUUUACGACAAGCACAGGCAGCGGGUUAUCCCAUCAAGGAAGACGCUAGAAGCACUUUCCCAGUCAUUAGAGGAAUGUCGGUCCAUCCUCAAGAGGCUAUACCCGAGCCACGAUGUCCAGUCUCUGUUGCCUAUGUCCCGUCGUGAUCUCCUUGAUCUGCUCGAUCGUCCAAUACUCGACACAACUGCUGCAGCUCUUCCAUCACCGCCCUUGAACACCUCGCCGCUCAGUGACGAAAUUCAGCCCCCUCUCUUCAUCAAGCCAGACCAGGUUCUUUCGAGUCUCGAGCAGAUGCCAUCCAGGGACGCGGAAUGGGACGAAGAGCGCAGGGAGAGAGACGCCAUUCCGGCAGAGGCCGAUGAUGUUAACGCAUUGUCCCUCACCAUGGAUCGACAGGCUUCGUAUCUUGGAGCUUCAUCUAUCAAGGCGGCCCUGAUGGUUAUGCUCAAAGUUCAGCCUGGCCUGAGGAGCACUCUCUCGGCCCCGCUUAACACUGGCGAGAUGCCACACAACUACCCGUCUACCAAGUCGAGGGCUGGCACCCACAAGGACCCCCAGCGGAUCCCAUGGUCCUGGAAGGGCCAGACACUGAUAGAUGCCUUUUUCAAGCGGAUUCAUGUCUUCAUCCCCAUGCUGGACGAGACAACAUUCCGUGCCGACUAUCUUGAGGGCCAGCGCUUCGACGCCCCUUGGCUAGCUCUGCUCAACAUGGUGUUCGCCAUGGGCAGCAUUGUUGCCAUGAAGUCUGAUGAUUACAAUCACGUCACCUACUACAACCGCGCAAUGGAGCACCUUCCAAUGGAUGCCUUUGGAAGCAGCCACAUUGAGACCGUACAAGCCCUUGCCAUUAUUGGUGGCUACUACCUGCACUACACUAACCGCCCCAACAUGGCCAACGCAGUGCUCGGCGCUGGCAUCAGGAUGGCGAGUGCUCUUGGGCUCCACCGAGAGUCUCUGACACAGAGUGCAGGCGAUGUGCUUGUGGCUGAGACUCGGAGACGCACCUGGUGGGCGUUGUUCUGUUUGGACACAUGGGCAACUACAACCAUUGGUCGACCAUCUUUUGGUCGCUGGGGGCCUGCUAUCAACAUUCGGGUGCCCGAAUUUGGCAUCAACGCUGCGCGCGACUCAACACACCAUGCAGGCAUCCUGCCAAUGAUUGAGAACAUCAAGUUCUGCAAGAUCUCGACUCAAAUUCAAGACAUGCUUGCCGUCUCUCCACUCCUCAGGACGGAUGACCGCUGCCACUUGGAUGCUGCCCUGGUCGACUGGUACGCCAACAUGCCGUGGCUCCUUCGGACGACGGACCCCUGUGCAGAGCCGCUUUAUAUUGCACGAUGUGUCAUGAAGUGGCGAUACCAGAACCUUCGGAUGCUUUUGCACCGAUCAGUGCUCUUGAGUCUUGCCUCUAGCGGCUCGACUCACGCAGCGGAGCACGACAUUGCAGCUAUUGAAACCUGCAGGGACCUGGCACAGCAAACAAUUGAAGACAUUGCUAGAGAAUGGACCCGCAACCAAAUGUCUGGGUGGAACGCAGUCUGGUUUCUGUACCAGGCGGCCAUGAUCCCAUUGGUAUCAGUGUUUUGGCAGUGGAACAGCGCGCGAGUGCCCGAGUGGCACAAGCAGAUUGAGACCGUCCUAGAACUCCUCGAUGCAAUGGAAGACUGGUCUCUUGCAGCGAGGCGCAGUCGCGAGGUCGUAUUUCGCAUGUACGAAGCAUCACGCAAUCUGCAGAGGCAGCAGCAGCACCACCGUUCACAGAGCCCGGCCGACUCUACUACCUCAUCACAUCACAUGGGCAUGACGGGCGGGCGCACCUCCCCAAGAUUGAUUAUCGGCCCCUCGGCAGAUACUGCCGUUGAGAUGCCACACAUGUCGCCGAUCGGCAUAGUCGACCCCGAAAGCAUUAUGGGAAUGAUGGGGGUCUCGGAUCAGCAGAGCCUUUGGGAUCUGGACGGUAUGCUCUGGGGACAGCACGACGAAUUUGACGCCGGCGCUUAUGGAUUCCACGAUAACAUGAUGAUGAGCAUGGAUUACAACAUGAUGGGAAACGACAUCCCAGCCACGACGGCCGCAGCCUUGGACCACGGCUAUCCCUACGUCCAUUAGUGCAUGGCUCGAGCUAGUGCGCUAUUUUUUACGUGCUACCAACAAAAAUUUCAUCUGAUUUCACGGAAAAAGGACGUCGUUCAGUCUUUCCCCGCAGAAGCGGCACACAUGGGAAGGGGAAAUUUGGAGUGUGGGGUUCUGAGCAUGACAGCGCAUAGCUGUCCAGGGUGUGCAGCCACCGGUACUUGCUGGGAGCACCACAUAUGCACACGCCCCUUGGGGGAAGACUCAAAACCUGCAGCUGGACUGACGGGAAAACUGUUCCUGGGCGGCGGUCGGGUGGGGGCGUCCGGUUCUUUUUUUUGGAUCUUUUCUGCUUGGGAGGCUUUUAUUCAUUUCGUUCUCAUUCUUUCCUUUCAUAUGCUUCCCCCCUCAUUGUACAGAUGACAUUUUCCGGGGUGCACUAUUCGACGAACGCGGGGUGCAG